GAUGGAACCGAGGCGUAGUUUCCGGACGGGGCCGGCAUUGCCUCCGCGCCUUCCACGGGCAUGCGCUUUGCGUCAUUGCGCCUACCUAACGCUGUCGUCACCUCGAUUCGAUGUACAAGUACAGAAUUAACAAAAUGCUGCGCUUUCGCCCCGAGGCCUCAAGUCUCCCCGGGAAGCAUUAUUACAGGAGUUGCUCAUUCCUCCUCGAGCGCGAGGCCUGCCAUUCGUUCUGAUCUCUUUGACAAUGCCUCUCUCGAUCAUAUCCCUGCUGUCGUUCUUCCUCGCUGCGCAACCCGUAUUCGCGCAGGAUGCAUCCUCCUCAGAAGACCUAGCCUCGCCGACACCUAUAUCGAGAUCUAGGGUGACUUCAUCAUCAAUCAGCACAGCUUCCGUAUCUGUCGCGACUCCGUCAGGUCCACAGACUGUUGUACUGGACUAUGGGAGCGUAUUGGUAACAAGCAUCGUGGGAGGCUCAGUUGUCGGAGGACCAAGAAACGACUCAACCGCUGCUCCGUCUUCGGCCUCGGCUUCUCCCUCGUCGCAGUCUACAUCCUCCGGUUCGCUCGUUGCCAUUACUGGUACUAAUGGCAACUCGAACGCUACCGCAACUGCCGGGUCGCGACCUAGACCAUCGAACACACGCCCUUGCAACGGGCAUGCGGAAUUGUGCAAUCGGAAGCUGAGUAAUGUCACGAUGGUGGUAGCACACAACAGCCCCUUCGUGGUUCCUCACAACGCAGCUAGUAAUCAGGUCUAUCCAGUGCUUAAUCAGCUCGAGGAUGGCAUUCGUGGCUUGCAAUUUGAAACUCAUUAUCCGAACGCCACAGCUGGGCUCAGUCUCUGCCACACAUCUUGCGACCUGCUCGAUGCAGGUACCCUCGAAUCGUACCUGACCACAGUCCGAGGAUGGCUUGAUACACAUCCUUACGAAGUCAUUGCGAUCAUCAUGGGCAACGACAACCGUGUGCCUCCAGCCACUUACAUAGAACCAUUCCAAAACGCCGGGAUGCUUCAGUAUCUAUAUACUCCGCCUAAACCCAACGCAACUUUGGAGGAUUGGCCCACGCUUGCGCAAAUGAUCCUCCUCAACAAGAGAGUCGUCGUCAUGCUUGACUAUCUCGCGAAUCAGACUGAAGUACCAUGGCUCCUCGACGAGUUCAGCUACCAAUGGGAGACUCCCUUCUCUCCCACCGACCCUGCCUUCCCUUGUACCGCACAGCGCCCAUCAAACCAGGACGAUGAAGUUUCCAGGAACAAGAUGUACAUGGCAAACCACAACCUUAACAUUGACGUGGAGCUCCUUGGACAAAGCAUCCUCAUCCCAGCGUAUACCCUCCUUGACGAAAUCAAUGCCGUGUCUGGAAAUGGUAGCUUGGGUCGGAACGUGGACAAUUGCACCGCUAUGUGGGGUCGCCCUCCCAACUGGCUGCUCGUCGAUUAUUACAACUUUGGAAACUUCAACGGCUCAGUCUUUCAGGCUGCUGCGGAUGCGAACGGCGUAUCUUACAAUAGGAAUGACUGCUGUGGUUCUGCUGUCGCCAGCGCCGCUGCAGAUACUGAUAUCCACAAGCUUGCCGUCUCCGUCUUCGCGGCUAUUCUUUCAGGGUGCUUGCUGAUGUUCUAAGCCCGCAAGAGUGAUUGCAUGGGUUUCUGCUCUCAGGUGGUAUUUUUCUUCUGUACGAAUUAGAGGCAUGGCAACUUGCUUUCUUCCUGGGUUAUGGAUUCAAAACUGAUUUCAAGCGUUCAAGCAUGCGAUUUAAUUCUGGUUUCUGAGUUUUGGGUCGAUAUGCAUAGAGCGUUCGAGCAUGCCUGGAAUUGUACUGAGAACACACAUGUCUGCUUGUCACGAGCGUAAAUCCUACCAACAUCCUGCCAUUGCACUCUACUCCAAUGAUGCGAUGCCAAACAC